AUGCUCUUCGGAGAGACCGGAAUGAAAGAUGCCAACCACAACCAAGGCUUUACUGGCUCGCUGGAGGCCAGACUCACCAAGUUUGACAGUGCCGUCCUGGACGGUAAAACGUCAUACCAAGGACGGCCCACGUCAGAAAACAAUGCUCUCUGGAAGGAUCUCUACCGCCACAUGAACUCGCAUAUAUCAGCCGAUGAGGACAAGUUACUUCCCAACAAGACAGCACCAGAGCCGGAGUACGAAGGCAGUGGAUACCUCAUCAUCUUGAACGUCUUCCAUGACCUUCACUGCCUGGACAGCAUUCGCCGUUUAGUAUGGUACUUGCUAGAGGAGCAGUGGAAUAGCACCUAUAAUCCAUAUACCCUCUUUGACAAUCCAAUGGACGCUCUGUUUAAGAGGGGUGAAAAGGGUAUGAGCAUCGACCAUGUAGGUAAUUGGAUCGAUGUGUUGCGCCAGUCCACUCAGUGCAAUACCGACAUCACGCCCAACGUGUACCAAUACAGCUCCAAGGUUAACAAGAUCAUGGCACGGGGCACUGUUUUACACGAGUGUCGUAAUUUCGACCGGGUUAAUGAUUGGGCUAAGCAGCAUGAGACCUUGAAUCCCAUUGGCAUGUUUGGGGAUGGUCCCGAAUCGGACAAGUGUGCUUUUGAAGAUAAUUGGACAUGUUUGUAUGAAUAG